GCCAAACAACAAGCCGACGAUAUAUUCGAGUCAAAAUGCCACCUGUUUUGUUAAUGAAAUCAAUUGUGUGAUCUCUGCUGCAUGACUUCAAUCCGUAGGUGGCUAUUUAUUUAACGGCAUUAAAAAGCCAUUGAAAAGACGCGGAAAAAGUGAAAAUAUUUAUCCGACAAUGGAAGAAAAGAACAAAAAAUACGAAGGAAAGAACAGUGUAAUUGAAUUUGUUGAAGGAUGGGAUAUGAUACAAACAUUGGGUGAAGGAGCUUUUGGAGAGGUAAAACUACUGGUUAAUGCCAAAACAGGGGAAGCAGUGGCAAUGAAAGUAAUUGAUCUGAAGAAACAUGCAAAUGCUGCUGAAACAGUCAAGAAGGAAGUUUGUGUUCACAGGAUGUUGAAUGAUCCACAUAUUAUUCGAUUUUAUGGCAGACGGGAAAAUGGCAAUUUUGAAUUCAUUUUUUUAGAGUAUGCAUCUGGUGGAGAGCUCUUUGACAGAAUAGAACCUGAUGUGGGGAUGCCUCAAAUAGAAGCUCAGCGUUAUUUUAAACAAUUGAUUGCUGGUGUGAAUUACUUGCAUAGCAGAGGGGUUGCUCAUAGAGACAUAAAACCUGAAAAUUUGCUUUUGGAUGCAAAUGAUAAUUUGAAAAUAUCUGAUUUUGGAAUGGCGACAAUCUUUCGAUUUCAAGGUCGAGAACGACUUCUGGAUAAACGUUGUGGAACUUUGCCUUACAUAGCUCCUGAAGUGCUUUGUCGUAAGUACGCAGCAGAGCCAGCCGAUAUUUGGUCUUGUGGAGUCGUCCUUGUUGCCAUGUUGGCUGGAGAAUUACCUUGGGAUGUCCCGUCUCCUGAUUGUCCUCUCUAUACUUCGUGGAAAGAAUGCCAGAUCACACGAUUGCCUUGGACCAAAAUCGACACACUUGCUUUGUCAUUGUUGAGGAAGGUGCUGAUGCCACUGCCGGGAAAACGUUAUACAAUCCAGCAAAUAACCAAUCAUCAAUGGUUUCAAAAGAAAUUUAAAGUUUCAAGUACAUCUCUCAGAGCAGAAGAAAACACACCUGUAUCGAAACGGAUAUGUUCUGACGCCGUGGACGCUGGUUUAUCACCGUCUUCAUCGGACGCCAGCCGUUUGUCAUACUCUCAGCCUGGCUUGGGUUUCUUCUCCGGUUCCCAACCAGUACACCAAAACGACAACAAUGAUGAUGAAGAACCAAAUAAUCUACCAGGCGCUGUGUUUAGCUUCUCUCAGCCAGCUCAUAUCGACGAUAUGCUUUUGAACUCGCAGCUUAACACACAGACUGCUUCUGGUUCUAGCAUGAGUUCGCCACUGCAGAGAUUGGUGAAACGUAUGACUCGUUUGGUGGCUAAAGUCAGCUGUGAAGAAGCUAUCAAACAUCUCAGUCAACAGCUCGUCAAACUUGGUUACACGUGGAAAAUACACACUCCAGGAGUGGUUACUAUAUCAACACAAGAUCGUCGCAAAAUGCAAUUGGUCUUCAAGGCAACAGUCUACGAUAUGCAGACCAUGGUUUUACUCGAUUUCCGGCUGUCAAGGGGUUGUGGACUCGAUUUUAAAAGACAUUUCCUAGCCAUCAAGCAAAAGUUAGCAGAUAUUUUGUGCUCAGCACCAGUAACAUGGUCAAUAGCCACUGCUACUAACAGCAUUCCUUGAACAAACUUUUUUUUAACUAUCUUGUUUUAUAAAUGUUUAAUUACACAGUGUUUUGUAGCAUAAA